AUGUCAAGUGCUGAGGCUAAGUAUAUCAAGAGUCAGAAAUGGCCUCCAGAAUUUUCAAAGAAGGUCGACAUGCGCAAAGUCAACGUCGAGAUUCUGAAACAAUGGAUCUCAACUAGAAUAUCUGAGCUACUAAAGGCAGACGAUGAUGUGCUUAUCGAAUUGAUCUUUGGAAUGCUGGAGAGCGAAACUUUUCCUGAUCCCAAGAAGUUGCAAUGGAGUCUUACUGGCUUUUUAGAGCACGAUACGGCUGCUUUCUGUAAGGAGAUGUGGGAAUUGAUGCUGGAUGCACAGAGUCAGCCUCAGGGUGUACCAAAGCGCUUGAUUGAAGCUAAGAAAGAGGAAAUGAGAAAAGAAAAGGAAGAAACAGAACGAGUCGCAAAGCAAGCUCGUGAUUCCCGGCAAAAGGAGGACGAAAAGGACAAAAAUCUAGAAGAAAUCCGCCAACGCGAACGUGCAGAACGCGGUGAAGGUCGCGGACGAGGUGGCGGUGGUCCAGGUGGCAGAGGCGGCCGUCGUGGAGGUGGCCGCGAUGCUGGUGGUGACCGUGGCGGAUACCGCCGGGAUCGUAGCAGGACCAAUUCACCGCCCGCACGCACCCGUGGUGCAGGCGCAGGCGCAGGACGUGAUUCUCCAGCUGAUCGAGAUUCCUACCGUGGAGGUAGAGAUGAUUAUUCUUCGCGUCCGAAACGCAUGAUGGAUACAUACAUCCCGUCUGCACGUGGUGGUGGGGGAAGAGAUGAUAGGAGAAGAGAUUUUGAUUAUGAUGAUAGGGAUAAUCGGCGGAAUAGUUGGAGGCGCAGGGGUGGUGAUGAGCCAACUCGGAGUGCAUCGCCACACGCUCCGAGAAGGGAUCGAUCGAGGACUAAAUCGAGGUCCAGGUCCAGAUCUAGGUCUGAGUCAUAUGAUUCCCCUCCCAAACGGACGGAAGACAGAUACCGAGGCAAAGGCGGGCCUAGGCCAAAAUCUAGGUCACCGGAUAGGUAUGAUAGACGAUCCAGACGCGGAGAAUAUGCCCGCCGCGACGACCGCCGCAGAUACCGUAGUUCUUCCUCGGCGUCUUCAGAAACCGCUUCAAGUGAAGGAUCCGAUAAACGAAAAUCUCGAGACGAUAAACGAGAUGACCGCCGCCGUCAUCGCGAGGAUACAGAUGAUGAAGAUGAUAGGAGAAGGAAGCGUAAGAGUGGUGGAGACCGACGAGGUUCCUAUGAUCGAGGUUUUGAUGAUAGGGAUAGAGACAGGGAUAGGCAGCGCUCCGGCAGGGACCGGAGACGUCGUUCCAGAUCUCCCUCUUCUGAUGCACGUUCACGGUCGAGCUCUAGGGCUGAUUCAGACGUAGUCAAGGGCAAAGCAAACGAUUACGGCCGCCUAAAGUCGAGAAACGAUGACCGUCGCAGGUCUUCACCUGAGAAUUCGAGAUCGAAGCGCGCUCGCAGACGGUCCCCUUCAUCAUCGGGAUCACCGCCACCAGAGAAGAGUGGUCGUCCGAAGUCGUCGAAGAAGAACGAUGAAGAUGUCGAUAUGGAAGAUGCUGAGAAGGCACGUCAUUGA